AUGCCGGGCCACGAGGACGCGCCGAUGAGCGCAGCUUCCCGCGGCGGCGACCGCCGGAGUCAAAGCCCGAGCGCUCGUAGUAGCGCUCACGGCGCGCAAAGCGCUCAGGGCGCGCAAGCCGCCAGCCCAGCGCUGAGCGCGCAGAGCGUUCCCCCAGCCGCAGGAUCUCCGCUUCUUGGAGGCGCGGGGUGGCGGAACGACGCGAGCGCGGAGGUCUCGCCGCGCGCGGCUUUUGUAGGCGAAUCAUCUGCGGAGCGGCAAGUUUUGUCGGAGCAGGUGGAGGUGGAGGAGAUGCUUAGCGCGCCUGGUGCGGUAGGCGGCGGGCGGUACGGCGGAACUCCCGCGGAGACGCUUGCGCGGAUCACGGCGCGGUUCGGGGCGAGCCAACUUGCGACGGACGCGCCGCGGUUGCUACAAUCGGCGGCUGCUCACGGAGGGGAAAAUGCGACGGCAGAAGCUGCGCGGUACGGCGGAACGGCACGAGAGGGCGCGGCGGAGUCAGAAGUGCGGGGAGAGUUCGGCGCGGAGGGUGCGGAGGGGGCGGAAAGCGGAAUGUAUGAGGGCCUGCUGGAAGCGGUGAUCCGCGCGCGACCGGCGCGCGGAAUGGCGGAACCGCAGCAACGAGGCGGAAGUGCCGUUACUAUCACUAGCGGCGGAACGACGGAGAGGCAAGGGGUGAAGGCGGCGGCAAACGCGCCGGGCGGAAAGGCCGCGCUGAUGGAAGUGUCAUUAGCGGAACUUGAGGCUUCGAUAUCCGCGCUACAGGCAUCCCUUCUACAGCAACAACAACACCACCCGCGACAGAAGGAACAACAGGCGCAGCCGCAGCAAGAGGGAUUGGAGCGAGAGGGCGAGGCGACGGCGAGCGGAGAAAGGUUCCCCGCACAAGCUGACGGCGCGAGGAGCGAAAGCGCGGAACAAUUCGGCCAAACCCUAAACUCGGAGCGGAAUGACAUUACUCAUUCGAAUUUCAGCACGCAAUCGGUAGGGGGGAAUUUCACUCCCAGCAAUUUCGAGUCGUUCAACUUGAAAUCAUCCCAGCCGUUGCUUCGGGUGUCCGCGGAAGGUUUCAGCGGAUCCCCUUUCCCCGCGUGCGCGAACGAACAUGGCGCCGCUUUUGCGGCUGGCGGCGGCUGCGGCGCCGCUGAUGAUGACGAUGUGGUGGAACCGGCGCAGCCCGCGGAAACGGCGGUAUUCGCGCGGCCGCUCCCGCUUCUCUCCGCGGUGGACCCGAAUCAAGAGGCAAUGGUCGCGCUCGCCGCUUCCGUGUCCCCCCCAGGCGCGCCCCUCGCCAUUCCGCUGCUGCAGCCCAGCGCCUCCCCCGCGCAACACGCUCCCGCGUGGGGCAGCCCCUUCCCCGCGAGCUUCGGCGCCGCCAGCGCGCGACGCGCGGCGGAAAGCCUUGAGCAUCGGGCGGAACGGUGGCGCGCGCGAAAUGGUGGCGCGGAUACCGCCGCCGUCCCUACGACUGCGACAAGGCACGCGGCUUUCACCCGCGGCAGCGGCGGCGGCGGCGGUGGCGGCAGCGGCGGCAAUGGCAGGAGCAAUAUCAGCGUCGGGCGAGCGAUUAUCAUUCCCGCGAGCCUAUCAAACACUUUCUCCCCCUCCUUCUCCCCCUCCUCCUCCCCCUCCUUUGCUGCCGCCUCGUCGCUCUCCCCGUCCUCCACCGCAAUUCUCGGUGCUCUGCCCGCCCUCCAGCCGUCCAUGCUGAACCCUGCCCGCCCGCCCUCCGAUCCUGCUCGCUGCAGCCCUGCAUGCCCCAGCACUGACCUUCCCUCACCAGACCGGCUCCCAACAACCGGGAUGCAAGCACCAGAAGCGGCAGCAGCAGCAGCAGCAGCACGUUCAGAAGGGUGCAUGCUAUGUGGGAUGCUAGGGGGUGAUGUGAAGGUGGUGGUGGGGACGAUCGGACAUGCCUGCUCUACCUGCCUGGCGAUUAACGAAUCUGCCUUUCCCGAACCUAUCUUUGCUGAGGCUUUCUCCGAGGCUAUGGCCGAACCCAGUCCCCGGACCUCCUUGGCAGCGGCAGCAGAAGCAGCAGAAGCAGCAGCAGCAGCAGCAGCAGCAGCAGCAGCAGCAGCAGCAGCAGCAGCAGCAGCAGCAGCAGCAGCAGCAGCAGCAGCAGCAGCAGCAGCAGCAGCAGCAGCAGCAGCAGCAGCAGCAGCAGCAGCAGCAGCAGCAGCAGCAGCAGGACCAACAGCAGCAGCAGUCUUCGUUCAACCACCACACCUCUGCUCCUCUAUCCGGACCAGCUGCCCCUUUUCUCAACCCAUGGAGCUCACAAUCCAUUCUUUCUUCCUCCGCCUCUGCUCCCCUUCUCUCGGCCUCUCUUUCCAAUCCUCUAGGCUUUGCAGAGGCCUGCAGUUCCGCAUCUGA